CUUUUUCAGAAGAAAUUGAAGUUAUCAUCUCCAUCUAGUUGGCCAAGCUGUAUUGACAAUUCUGCAAAGCUGAAUCAAGAUGCCGCGGGUCGGGAUUAUCGGAAUGCGCCGAGCGGCUACUGUGGCCGAAGCAGCGGCAGCCGUUUCCGCACUUUCCCCGGAAUCCCGUCGCUUAUCUGGGCUACUGGGGCUUUUGGAUGAUUCCGAGGAAGCCUCUCUCACUCUAGUGGAGUCGGUCUCUAUACUCCCUACAAGUAGACAGAUCAAGACGUUCGGAUCAAUGCUUAAGUCGUCUAUUGAAAAGUUAAGAAGGCACACAUGGGAAGCACUGAAGGCUCCGGAACAAGAAAUGGCGAUGGCUGCGGAGCGUUGUUUCCGCGCGGCAUUUGGACUAACGCAACCUCCUUCACAGCCAAUCGAAAAGAAAGCAACUCGGCCACCAAAGUCAGGCUAUCACCUUUUCUGCGCAAACUAUUCUGCCGAGUGCACUGUGGGAGGUAACUUCGGAGGAAGGAGCGCCGUUUUGCAGCAAGCCUCUCAGGCUUGGAACAAUCUGCCUGAGGCUGAAAAAGACGUUUACGAGCGCCGAGCUGAGAAUCAGAAAGGAAAUUCUCUCAUGGAGCUUCCCAAUCCAACACCACAGUCGACGUUCUCCGCUACCGUGGCGACAGCUCUGAUUAGUGAUUCAGAAGAUGGAACUCAAACAGCAACGGGAACGUUAGUCCCUACAGAGAGGACGGCGCAGAUCAAGCGAGACUUUCAGAGAAUGGACUUUUGGAAUAGCUUUUUGGAAGCAGUACAUCUACAAGUGGCUUCUCGGACGACGAAAACUUGGGGGCAGAAGAAGCGGUACGAGAUAUACCAACUUGCUGGUCCCGUCAUGCCAACAGAAUCUUUCAAGCUUGUUCGACAGCAAAUCUCAAAAGCGUUUCUAGCGUUGUAUGAUGGGUCUCGAACGAAUCAUGUGGCGCAAGUGCGGCACAGUCAAUGUCGAGUCUACCUUUUGGAACAGGAUGGUAGAAUGUGGAUUCAAGUAAACAUCGGGCGAGCUCUGGAUUUGACCGACGAGUGCAGCAAGUCUUCAGUCUCCGGUCGGAAAAAGCGCAAGCCUGAUUCUGAGUUCAUAGCCCUUGUUCGACCCGAUCAUUCGUUAAUUGCACUCACUGCCAGCCGAACACCUUCUAGCUCCAAGUUUACUCCAUUUGUUCUGAGUGCCCUUGAACAUGCCCUCACAUGCAGCAUUGUCGCCAAAGACGAACAGCUUCAUCGGUUCGAAGACCUCUGCGGCACGGAGCCCACGAAUCUUCUGGAACUGGCCAUUGCAAUAGAGAACAAGCAAGCUGUUGGACGCUACAAACGUUUAGCGGUGGAUGGAGAAAUUGUCAAUCCAAUAAAAGAGCUGCAAAUAUCCGCUACUGCUAGUCUUCUUUCUCGGGAAAAUGAUUCGGGAAGACUGGAUGUCGGUGCUAAAUUGGGACGUGUCAUCGCCAGCAGAGCUGCAGCUGUUUCAGAAAACUCCAUGAAAGCGUCAGAUUUGAUAGCUACCAAAGGCAACAGUAUGCUACUAGAUCUCGAUGCUUGUGAAAAAGGCUUGCGUAAACGUAAACGCGAAGUCGCUUUGGGCUUGCCAGCGGAUUGUCCACCCCGCGAGUACGUUAGAUGGGAAUGGAAAGGCGAAACAAAUGCAGCGCAAGCUUGCUGGGAAACGGAACCUAUCGAACCCGAAUUAACAAGCUUCAAAUGCCGCAUUGUAUGUCAAGGAACAAACGUGUUUGCUGGGAUGCAUGAGCUCAUUCAAGCUGGGUAUAUGACGGAGGUCCUACCUCACGUCAAGGCUGCAAUGUCCAUUGGUGGGACAAUUUGUGUUGAUCAUGGGACUUUUUCGGGUCACAAAGAGGGAUAAAUAGUGUGGGUUAUUACUACUG